CCUCAGUGGCGAGGUAGACGCGGCCGGACCGCGUUUGCUGUUGAGCGGUAAAAACACAAGUAAAUUUUCACGAAAACGUUAGUUACUUGUGAUAGUGUGAUUUGAAUUUUCAUCACUAGUGCUGUGAAAUCUUUUAUUUGGAUAAAAAUUUAUCGGCUAUCGAUAAACAAUAUCAAACACAAAGAGUAAUAUAGUAUGCGCGUAUAAUAGCGAGAUGGCGCCACAAGAACGUACAACCUGCUGCGAGGAUUCCCGCCAGGAAGACAAUUUAGCGAACAUAGAUCUUAACAACGGGUUCAUUAAUAAAGCCUUCACAAACGACGUGAGCGAUAAUGUCAAUACAAAAAAUCAUACGGAGGAGCCCAAACCAACAAAAAAGGUCAAAGAUUUCGACGACCUGCUGCCAUACAUCGGAGAAUUUGGCUGGUAUCAGAAGAUUCUGUUCCUAUUAAUGAUACCAUUCGCGUUUUUUGUGUCUAUAGUGUAUUUUUCGCAAAUAUUCAUGACCAUUGUACCCGAACAACAUUGGUGCUGGAUACCUGAGCUGGCGAAUUUGACGGCCGAGGAAAGACGAGCUUUAGCCAUCCCAGCGAAAUCAGAUGGACCCUUCACCCACGACAGAUGCAAUAUGUACUCAGCGGACUUUUCACUGGCUCUGGAACAAGGUAGAACCACUCCUGAUGAUGAGUGGAAGAUCAUACCUUGCUCUCACGGCUGGGAGUACAAUAGGAGCGAUGUGCCUUAUGAAACAAUCGCGUCACAGCUCGACUGGGUCUGUGAUAAGGACAACUACGCAGCGACCGCCCAGGCUAUAUUCUUCUGUGGUGCGAUUGUCGGCGGUUUAGUGUUCGGUUGGAUCGCUGACAAGUAUGGGAGAAUCCCAGCCUUAGUAGGUACAAACCUCGUUGGGUUCGCUGCCGGUGUUGCCACUGCCUUCUGCAACACCUUCUGGUCCUUCACACUUUGCCGAUUCCUCGUGGGUUUGGCGUUCGACAACUGCUUCACCAUGAUGUAUAUCUUAGUUUUAGAAUACGUAGGACCAAAAUGGCGUACAUUUGUUGCCAACAUGUCAAUAGCUAUUUUCUUCACCCUGGGCGCGAGUCUCCUGCCCUGGGUUGCUCUGUGGGCGGGUGACUGGCGUCGGUACGCUCUUUUCAUUAGCGCGCCCUUCAUAAUAGCCGCUGCCACACCCUGGGUUGUACCGGAAAGCGCCAGGUGGUUACUGUCGCAGGGAAAAAUUGACAAGGCUCUGGUUAUAAUGAAAAAGUUCGAAAGAGUUAACAAAACUAAGAUUCCUGACAAAGUUUUAAAUGAAUUCACUGAAGCUACCCAACAAGCAAUCAAAGAUUCUGAAGCCCAUAAGUCGUAUUCAGUUCUGGACAUCUUCAAGACACCGAGGUUACGGAAGAACGCUUUAUUAUUGAUAGUCAUCUGGAUGGCAAUAUCCCUGGUCUUUGAUGGGCACGUACGGAACGUCGGCUCCCUGGGACUCGACAUUUUCCUGACCUUCACCAUCGCUACUGCAACCGAGUUCCCGGCGGACACCUUUCUAACCGUUGUACUCGAUAGGUGGGGUCGUCGCUGGCUUGCAUGUGGAUCGAUGGUAGUGAGCGGCAUCUUCAGUCUCUUGGCCACGGCGGUACCAAUUGGUGGUCCGUCAGCAUCCCUGGCGAUCCUGGGACGGUUCGCGGUAAACAUCUCCUACAACAUAGGGCUGCAGUACGCCGCGGAGGUCCUCCCGACUGUAGUCAGAGCCCAGGGUGUGGCCCUCAUUCAUAUCAUGGGAUACGUAGCGUCCAUUGUGGCACCGUUCGUAGUUUAUCUGGCCAACAUAUCUCCUGACCUACCCCUCUUAAUCCUGGGUGUUUUGGGCAUCGUGGGCGGAGGGCUCUGCCUGCUGCUACCAGAGACCAUGGACACGGAGAUGCCACAGACCCUCGAGGAUGGAGAGAACUUUGGUGUAGACCAGAAGUUCUGGGACAACCCUUGCUUCCCGAGAAAAACUAAAGAAUUUCCAGAGAAAUACAUACCCUCGCCUGUAAGAGAAGACAAUUUCAUCAGAUCCUUACCAGCAUCCGGCUCUAGGGCAUCUGUGCGAGCGUCCAUCAGACUAUCCAGCAGAUCCAGAAGACAUCAGGACAACGGAGUCUAAUCUAGACCUGUAUAUUGUUCGAAUGCAAAAUAUUCCAGAAUAGACUUGUGGGUAGAUCUCGACUGCUUUGUUAAGUAAAUUAUUUAUUGGUCCUCUACAUUUGAUAACAUUAUUCGGACAUUAAAAUUUGUGACUAUUUUAAAAUUAUCUUAAAAGAUAUCUUAAUAAGUGAUUUAAAAUAUUUUUUUUAAGUGUUGCAUAGAAUAACAUUUAGCCGUUUAAGUUUAUUUAAAUUGUGAUAUUUUGGAAAAUAUUAUAUAACUAUUUUGAAUAGAAAAGUAUUUUUUAAAGAAUUUUUCUAAACAUUUCACCGUAUUUUGAUCGCGACAAAAUCUCUGUGAUAGUAAUUAUAAUAUACUAGAUAUAUGAUGACAUA